UUUGUUGCUUUAGAGGAAUCAAUUUUAAGGCAACCAAAGCCCAAAACAGCAUUGUAGCAAAAAAAAAACCAUAAAAAAUGGUUGCUGUGUUCAACAAAGAGCUCUUGAGUUGGUACCUAAUCACCCUCAAACUCAAAGAAACUGUAGAAGCUGGAAUUCCCAGCUCACAAAGUCCUACUACUAACCGUUUGAUCGAAUUUCCGGAGCAACCUCAACAGCAGCAGCAGCAGAAGGAGCAGCAGCAGCCAUCUGAUUCGCUGCAAAUCGUGAUCAAAGAUGGGAAUGAGAGGUUUGAAGAGGAAGCCAAGUCGCCAGAGUCCGAGUGGGUGAUCACCAUCAGAGAAAAACUCGAGCAAGCACGCCAAGACGACGUGGCUGGUUCGUGGGCAAAGCUCUGCAUCUACAGAGUGCCUCAGUGUUUAAGGGAAGGCGACGACAAAGCUUACAUACCACAGACCGUGUCCUUGGGGCCUUACCACCAUGGCAGGAGGCGCCUACGAAACAUGGACCGUCACAAAUGGCGCUCCCUUCACCACAUGCUCAAGCGUACCAAUCAGGACAUCAAGCUCUACCUUGAUUCCAUCAAGGAGCUAGAAGAAAAGGCGCGAGCUUGCUAUGAAGGCUCUGUCACACUCGGCAGCAAUGAGUUUGUGGAAAUGAUGGUCCUCGAUGGCUGCUUCGUGCUUGAGCUGUUUCGUGGUGCUGCUGAAGGAUUCAGGCAGCUUGGUUACUCGCGAAAUGACCCUAUCUUCGCCAUGCGUGGCUCAAUGCACUCGAUUCAGAGAGACAUGAUCAUGCUUGAGAAUCAACUGCCACUCUUCAUACUUGAUCGGCUAUUAAGCCUUCAGUAUGGUCAGCCUGAGCAGAAUUGGCUUGUGGCUAAGCUAGCAGUCCGGUUUUUUGACCCCUUAAUGCCAACGGAUGAGCCAUUAACAAAAAGUGAUAGGAACAGAUUGGAGUCAUCACUAGGAUAUACAACCACUUUUGAUCCAUUUUCAGACCAAGGCAGCCUUCAUUGCCUUGAUGUCUUUCGAAGAAGUCUCUUGCGCGCAGGGCCUCAACCGGUGCCCAGGAUUUGGAUCAAGCGGUGGUCUCAUUCCAGCCGUGUAGCAGACAAGCGUAGACAGCAAUUGAUUCAUUGUGUCACGGAGCUGAGAGAGUCCGGGAUUAAGUUCAAGAGAAGAAAGACCGACCGGUUUUGGGACAUAAAAUUCAAGAAUGGGAUCCUCAGGAUUCCUCGGCUGCUGAUCCAUGACGGUACCAAGUCACUUUUCCUCAACCUUAUCUCGUUUGAGCAGUGCCACCUUGACUGCAGCAAUGACAUUACCUCCUAUGUGAUCUUCAUGGACAACUUGAUCAACUCGCCGGCUGAUGUUGGCUACCUCCAUUACUGUGGGAUAAUCGAGCAUUGGCUUGGCAGUGAUGCUGAAGUUGCAGACCUCUUCAACCGCCUUUGUCAAGAGGUGGUGUUUGACAUCAACGACAGUUAUCUUUCCCGGUUGUCAGAGCAGGUGAACCAGUACUAUGAUCACAAGUGGAAUGCUUGGCGAGCGAGUUUGAAGCACAACUAUUUCAACAAUCCAUGGGCAAUCAUCUCAUUUUUCGCUGCUGUGAUCUUAUUGUUGCUUACCUUUGCGCAGACGAUUUAUGGAGUUUAUAGCUAUUACAGGCCAAGAACAUGAGUCCAGUGAGCCCCUCUUCUCUUAUUAUUGACUUUCAUACAUUACAAACAUGUUUUUUUUUUUUUUUUUUUUUUUGAACUUUCUUUGAUGUUUGAUCAGAACACAGAUGAAUUGUUUGGAUUUUCUUUCAUACACUGAAUUUGCUAAGA